AUGUGGGCAAAAGAACGGAAUAUUGAGAAAGGGAAAGCUCCAAGCAUUGUUCUUGAUAUCCAAAAACCAUCUCUUGAUGCAGCUACAGAAGCAGAAUUGAAAGAACUUAGAGAUGCCAUGCAGCUAUCUAAAAUUAAGGAUGAGCUUGAUCAGUUACACAGAAAUGAUCCCGAAGCCAACACGAGUUAUGUGCCACAACCUGAACCAAUUCCAAACCCUUCAGACAUUGAUGAUAAUGACAAGGAUGAUGAGAAUGAUCAAGAUGACUCAAGACAGAGUAAUGAUGAUGAUGAUGAUGAUGACAAUGAUGAUGCCAUGAUUACUGACCAGAAUCUGGGAACAAAUGAAUCUAACCCGAAAGAAUGA